AUGCUAGACGGUAUGUGGAGAUGGCGAAGUAUAGUGGAUCGACUCAUGUACAGUGUAUACAUUUUGCACAUAUAUAUCGGACUGCUUACACGCGAUAGAGCAUACGGCAAUGAAAAAAUUGAUAGAAUUGCCCUCAGGCUACAAGCAAAAGAAAUGUUCAUGCACGGAUAUAAUUCAUACAUGAAAUAUGCAUAUCCGCAUGAUGAGCUGAUGCCACUGUCAUGUAAGGGACGGCAACGAGGUGUUACACCACCGCGAGGGGAUGUUGAUGACGCUUUAGGGAAUUUUUCAUUAACUCUUGUCGAUUCAUUGGAUGCGCUAGUCGUUUUGGGUGAAUUGAAUGAGUUCGAAAAGUCCGUUGAACGAAUUGUAAAGAAUGUUCGCUUCGAUUCAAACUUGGUCGUGUCCGUUUUUGAAACAAAUAUUAGAAUGGUGGGAGGAUUAAUAUCAGGUCACGUAAUGGCUAAACUGGUACAGUCAAAAGACGAGAAUCGUUUAGAGUGGUAUAAAGACGAAUUGUUACAGAUGGCCGCUGAAUUAGCUGAUAAGCUUCUUCCUGCUUUCAAUACCAGCAGCGGAAUUCCUUAUUCUAGGAUAAAUCUCAAAUAUGGAAUGUUGGAUUUUCUCCGGCAACAACAUGACACUUGUACAGCUUGUGGAGGAACGAUGAUUCUCGAAUUUGCUGCACUGAGUCGACUUACGGGUAAAUCAAUUUAUGAGGAAAAAGCUAGGAAAGCAAUGGAUUUUCUUUGGGCUCAGAGACAUCGUGGAAGCGAUUUGAUGGGAACUGUGUUAAACGUACAUUCUGGAGAUUGGAUAAGGAGAGAUGCAGGUAUUGGUGCAGGAAUUGAUUCUUAUUACGAAUAUUGUUUGAAGGCAUAUAUUUUAUUGGGCGACGAAGGAUAUUUGUAUCGCUUCAACAAGCAUUAUGAUGCUAUAAUGAGGUAUGUUAACAAAGGUCCAUUGUUUAUCGAUGUUCAUAUGCAUAAACCAACAGUUGCUGCUAGAACUUACAUGGAUUCCUUGCUGGCGUUUUGGCCUGGCAUACAAGUUUUGAAAGGUGAUUUGAAAGCAGCUAUCGAAUUUCACGAAACACUUUAUCAAGUGAUCAAGAGGCACAAAUUCUUACCGGAAGCAUUUACGCAUGAUUUACAAGUUCACUGGGCCCAGCAUCCUAUUCGACCAGAAUUUAUUGAAAGCACCUAUCUGCUAUAUAGAGCAACGAAGGAUGAGCAUUACCUGCAUGUGGCCCAAAAUAUUUUGGAUAGUAUGAAUAAAUUUUUGCGAGUUGAAUGUGGAUUUGCUGCUGUCAAAGAUAUUCGUUCAAUGAAUCAUGAAGAUCGAAUGGAUUCUUUCGUACUUUCGGAAACAUUGAAAUAUCUCUAUAUGAUUUUUACGGACUCCUCUGACUUACCGAUUGAUUUGGAUAACUAUGUUCUUACUACCGAAGCUCAUUUCAUUCCACUAUCAAUCGGUGACACUGAUAACAGCGAGAAACUUCCACGUCGUUUAAUCAUUGAUCCGGAUGAAAUAAUUGAUGAUGAAAAUGCAAUAAUGACUAAAAAAUUUCGGUCAGCAUGUCCUUCAACAGUGAUUAAUGAGAAAUAUGAUAAUUUACCGGCUUAUGCAGAAGAAUUGCGUAACACUGUACAAAGUGUUGUCAGCGAACUAACGAGGAACUCGGAAAGCUCCAGUAGUUGUUCAAAAAGACCAAAACGUCUAAGUGCCUGGUCGUUUAGUGCAACAAAUGCUGAGCAUAUGAAGCAGUUGAAGCAGAUGGGGAUCCAGAUGCAAUUUCAAGUUGAUGGACAUGUUCAUCUUACUCAUUCACCGGACUCGGGCGAAGUGAAUGAAUUCACUACCGAGACCGAAACUGUACCGGCUGAGAGUGAUAAUAUGUUGAAUAGUGUGUGCAUGUUGGAUAAUGCGGCAUCGGUGAAAAAGCAAACAAAUAUCUACAUCGUUCAUCCAUCGCAUGCUGCUGUUACCCAAUUGCUCUCCAUUAUUAUGCUUGUUGUCCUAUUAUGGCUUUCUGUUAUGAUUGUGGCUGCAAUUGUUGUGUGUGUUGUUGUUUGUGGCUAUCGAAUAAUAGCUAUGAGGCGACUAGUUGCUAAUCCAGUCAAUAUAGAAAAAUCAGACGCUUCUGAAUGUGUGGUGAUAAAGAGUGAAAAUGAUGAUAGUAAUAAUAAUAAUAAUGAUGAUGAUGAUGAUGAAGAUGAUGAUGAAGAUGGUGAUGAUAAUAAUGCUGUUUCUCCGGAAUGGGCUGUUCUCGGCAGUGAGUUUAUCCAAGAAAUGAUCGUAAUAGCAGGUUCAGAAAAAUAUGGACUUGGUUUCAAUGAUGAUCGAAUUGUCCAAGUAAUAUCGCAGCCUACAUUUGGAAUGCUACAUUGGCGAGCUGCAUCAGCACAGUUUGGCCAAAAUUUGAAUCGUAAGGCAGUGGUCGCAGAAGUUCAAAUUGCCGUGCCCUUUCGUGCCUGUGGACCGCUGACAAAUGCGCCAAGAGUGAAUGGUCGUAUUGCAGUCGUUCAACGCCAGGAUUGCAUGUUUCAAGAAAAGGCGCGUUAUGUUCAGGAAAGUGGUGCUGUUGGUAUCAUUAUUAUUGACAACACUAUUGGUACAAGUAUCGAUGUGCUGCCACCAUUCGCAAUGUCUGGUGAUCAAACCAUCAAAGAUGAUAUCGUUAUUCCAGCUGUUUUUCUAUAUAACAAAGAGGGUCUUGCUUUUAUGGAGCACAUAAUGCACUAUCCUAAUGCCCUAGUGCGCCUUUCUGAUCGACUCUCAAAUCCGUCUUAUUUAUUUGAGGAUUUUGCAUGCCACGGUAGAAACAAAUAUCCGCCCAAUAAACUGGAACUCUUAGAGGACAUGGAUUAUUCGGAGGAUGUCAUUGUGAUUGAUACCUCUUUGCCAGCCGUGCUACUGAAUUUUCGAUUCACUUCAAUUAGUGCAAGAAAUAAUACCGAAGAUAAGCAAAAAGUGAUAGAAGAGAACAUCGAAGAAAUGCAAAAACUAUAUAAUUUGGCAACGGAAUCCGAUACAGUGAUGUUUUAUAAUGUUAUACGACAAAUAGGUUGCUGGCAGCUUGGCCUAAAUAUGCAACCAACAGAAGCGCAGUUAAGAAAGUUCUUUUUGUUGAUACCAACAGUAAUCAGAGUGCAGCGAAUUGCUCAGAAACCUAGAAAAUUACUAGGAUCAAUAACUACUGUUAGUUGUCGAACGUGGGAUAAACUAUUCGAUUGCCAACGAAUCAGGGUUGCCAUUAUGAUGGGAUCUUUUAGAUUUCAAAUCUUCACAUUCAACAUUAGUCAUCCAGUGGCAAAAUGCUUUUUCCUUUUUGCAGAUAGGAUCAUUAUGUCGGAUGUUGUUGCUAAAAUCGAUGAAAGCUUUCAAAAGUUGCAGGAAGCAAAAGAUUGCCACUCUUUACUCAAGAAGCAUUUAUCUAAAGCCAUCGUUGAUGAGCUAAAAGGUAAAAAAACAAAACUUGGUGCAACGCUUCUGGAUGUCAUACAGUCCGGUGUAGCGAAUCUUGAUUCUGGUGUAGGCGUGUACGCACCGGAUGCCGAUUCUUAUACUCUGUUUAAGCCACUGUUCGAUCCAAUCAUUGAGGAAUAUCACAAUGGUUUCGGAUCAAAGCAGAAACAACCAGAAACAGAUCUUGGCGAGGAUAAAAUAAGUUUGCUCACUGAUUUGGAUCCGGAAGGGAAAUACAUCAACUCGACCAGAGUACGCUGUGGGCGCUCGCUUCAAGGCUACCCUUUCAACCCUUGUCUUACAGAAGAAAAUUACAAAGAAAUGGAAGACAAAGUCAAAAGAAUUCUCUGCGGAUUCACUGACCCGGAACUGAAAGGAACAUAUUAUCCACUGACUGGAAUGACAAAAGAUGUCCAAAAACAACUUAUUGAAGACCAUUUCUUGUUCAAAGAAGGCGACAGGUUCUUGCAAGCUGCAAAUGCCUGCCGAUACUGGCCAACUGGGAGAGGUAUUUUUCACAAUGAAAAUAAAACUUUCCUAAUAUGGAUCAAUGAGGAAGAUCAUCUACGAAUAAUAUCCAUGCAGAGGGGUGGUAAUGUUGGACAAGUAUUGGGAAGACUUAUCAAAGGUUUGAAGACAAUUGAGAAAAGUUUGCCAUUCUCUAGAGAUCCACGUCUUGGUUGGCUUACUUUUUGUCCAACAAAUCUGGGUACUACAAUACGUGCAUCAGUGCACAUACGCCUUCCAAAGAUUAGUGCAAAAUCGGAUUUCAAAGAAAUAUGUGAUGGACUGAAACUCCAGAUACGUGGUAUCCAUGGAGAACAUUCGGAAUCAGCAGGUGGUGUUUACGACAUCUCAAAUAAGGCUCGCCUUGGAUUGACGGAAUUUGAGGCCGUGAAACAGAUGUACGACGGUGUAAAAAAGCUUAUCGAAAUGGAAAAAAGAGCUUAA